GAAGGGACAUGUUAGAGGCUGGCAGGGCCGCGGAGCUGCUCGUCUAGACAGGGGGUAACGGGCACCCUUUCAGAGAUGGGCAACGGCGCCCAACGAGAAAGGACGCGGAUCUGAGCUGAGUAGCUACAAGCCGGACUUGGUGUAUUGCUCCCGGACGUCCAUAUGCAAGAGUUAUUUCAUGUUUGAAAUGUGGGAGAUGGUGGCGUUACCAAGAGCGAGCUCUCCCUUCCUGUCGUCUAGGACAAGAUGGCAGCAAUGCAGGCGAACUGUGCAUGGGAUGGAUUUAUAAGUCCAUAACAUGCUCAGAGAAGCCCUGGAUUAUACUUAAAGUGACUCUAUGUGAAGGUAUGGCCUCACAAGUCUUGGUCUACCCACCACACAUUUAUCAAACCCAGACAAGUGCCUUUAGCAGUGUGAAGAAACUCAAAGUUGAGCCCAGCAGCUGUGUGUACCAUGAGAGGGCACAUCCGCGAACCUUUCUGAACAGCAGAACCGUUGGCAUUGCACACGCGACCAAACAAGCCCAUUCGUUUGUGAACCGAGACUUAGCAGUGGGCCUGAGAGUACGUGGAGGACAGCAGUAUCCGGUGCAGACGGUUGUGGUUCGUGGUGUACAAAGACAGCAGCCUGGUAAAAGAAGAGGGGGACCAGGCCCACUUGCAGCCCAGCAGCAGCAACAGGAGGCGAGGGUCGUCGACUCACAGGGCAAGGAGCAGCAGCAUCAGGCGGUUGAAGAAAGUGGGAGCAGCGGUGGAGCAACAGGAGCAGGAGGAGGGGGAAGGGGAGAGGGCUGCAGUGGGGGAGUUGAGGAAGAAGGAGAGGGGGAGAAGGGUGACAGAGAGGAGAACUGUGAAAGUUUGAACUCAGCUGACAGCUCUCAACGAUGUGGGCUGAAACGUAAAAGUGAGGACCUGGAUAACCGAGGGAGCACCAUGCAGAUUGUGGAGGAACUGUCUAUGUUGCCUGCCAUGUUGCAAACGACGAAUGUGGGGAAUGCAGCCGUUACUGCGCCGACGGCUGUUGGGGCUGGGGGAGGCCCCUCCAAACAGGGUGUAGGGCAUGGGGGUGUAUGUGCAACUGGAGGGACAGGAGGAGGUGAUGGGGACUAUCAGGUAGUACAGCACGAAGUCCUGUGUUCCAUGAAGAAUACUUACGAAGUGCUAGAUUUCUUGGGUCGAGGCACAUUCGGCCAGGUAGUGAAGUGCUGGAAGAGGGGAACUGGGGAGGUUGUGGCUGUGAAGAUCCUGAAGAACCACCCUUCAUACGCAAGGCAGGGUCAGAUUGAAGUUGGGAUCCUUGCUCGCCUGAGUGGGGAGAACGCUGAUGAGCACAACCUGGUGCGGGCCUUUGAAUGCUUCCAGCACCGCAGCCACACUUGCCUCGUAUUUGAGAUGCUUGAGCAAAAUUUGUAUGAUUUCCUGAAGCAGAAUAAGUUCAGCCCACUGCCAUUGAAGGUGAUAAGACCGGUUCUACAGCAGGUAGCUACAGCUCUGAAAAAAUUAAAGAGCAUGGGUCUGAUUCAUGCAGACUUAAAGCCAGAGAACAUAAUGCUGGUGGACCCAGUGAGGCAGCCCUAUAGGGUGAAGGUCAUAGACUUUGGCUCAGCCAGUCACGUGUCCAAAGCUGUGUGUUCGACGUACCUUCAGUCUCGGUACUAUAGGGCUCCAGAGAUCAUUUUGGGAUUGCCGUUUUGUGAAGCCAUAGACAUGUGGUCCCUUGGUUGUGUGAUUGCUGAGCUUUUUCUGGGCUGGCCUCUUUACCCCGGGGCCUUGGAGUACGACCAGAUUCGCUACAUCUCGCAGACACAAGGUUUGCCAGGCGAACAGUUACUGAAUACAGGGACAAAGACAGCACGGUUCUUUUGCAAAGAGCCGGACUCGCCUUAUGCAGCAUGGAGACUGAAGUCAACAGAUGAACACGAGACGGAGACGGGAAUGAAAUCAAAGGAAGCGAGGAAGUACAUCUUCAGCUGUUUGGAUGACAUAGCGCACGUGAACUUGAUGAUGAAUCUGGAAGGUUGUGACUUGUUAGCGGAGAAGGCUGACCGGCGGGAGUUCGUGGGCCUGCUCAAAAAGAUGUUGCUGAUCGAUGCAGAAGAGAGGAUCGCCCCUGCUGAAGCGCUCAUUCACCCAUUUGUGACGAUGCAGCACCUGCUCGACUUCCCCCACAGCAACCAUGUGAAGUCGUGUUUCCACAUCAUGGACGUUUGUUGGACCCGUCCCACUGGGUAUGAGGCUGCCAACAGAAAUACAGGUCCUUUCGUUAGACCUGUAACUACAACCACUGCUGCCUCAACCAACCUCCCCUUCAGUAAGAUGCCAGCUGUUCACACUCAAGGUUUAGUUCCAUCUGCGCCGUCAGUAAUGCACCAUGGGAUACCGCUGCAGACUGGUGGUGGUCAGUUUGGAUGCAAUGAUUCGUUUCAGCAAGCUCUCAUUCUGUGUCCCCCGACAAUACCAGGUAUCCCCACUAAUACUGCUAAACCAGCUGGCUACUCUGUCCGAAUGGAGGCCUCUGUACCUCUGGUCACUCAAACAACAUCAAUCCAGCCGUUGCAGAUCAGACCUGGAGUCAUCACUCAGGCCUGGUCGAGCCGUGCCCAGCAGAUCUUGGUGCCCACUUGGCAGCAGGUUACGUCUGUCCCCCCACCAUCAACCACACUGGCUUCUGACACUGUGACUGGCACACAGAGAUUAAGUGACUGGGGGAAAGUGCGUCCCCAUGGUAACCAUUUCAGCUCCAUGAUUGCACACCCUCAGCCAUUCCUAACCAACCAAAUGACCAUGUCCACCCACCAGCCAGUCAACAUAGGCAUCGCACAUGUGGUGUGGCCACAGCCAGCGGCAAACAAGCGAGCAAAGCCUUGUGUGAACAGGGGCAGCAACACCUCCCAAAACACAAACAUUCAAAAUGUGGCAUGCCAGUCCCCAAAAAUGGCCGACACAGCAAAGAAUGUGGAGGAAAUUGAGGAGGAGGGAGCCAGAUGUCAAGAAGAAGGGCGCGCCCUAGGAGAGGGGCGAGCGGAGGAUCAGGUCGAGGAGGACGAUGAGGAGAGCUGCUGUAAAGUGGAGCCAGACUGCGAGGAGCUCUCGGUUUCGCAGGAACAGCGGCAGGAAAUGUUGAUCUCUGGCCUUGCCAGUCCAACUGUUAGUGUCAUCAGUAUCAGCAGCGAUGAAGAGGAGGAUGCACAAAGACACUCAAUGGGGGAGUGUAAGGGCAGUGCAGAUUGUGAAGCAUGUCAGAGCACCAUCAGUAUGGAGAGAGUAUGUUCUCUUAGCAGUCCAGACAGCACGCUCAGCACCAGCUCUUCAGCUUCAGCCCAGUCCAACAACUCCCCAUGCAAACAACCCAAUAGCAUGUCGGAUGACGAACAGGAGAGCGGUUGUGACACGGUGGAGAGCUCGCCUGCCUCGCACAACUCCGGCCACAGCAGCAGUCCCUUUACCGAGCGCCGCUACAUCGCCGACAGCAACCAGAACUGUGAGCCGCGUGUGGCGUGCGUUGCCCCUGAAACUGAGCCCAGCAAGCCUACAGUACGCACCGUUGUGGUGCCUCCAAUGCGGGUGCAGAACAAUAACAACAACUGUUCUAUCAGCGAAACACCUGGAAACACAGAGUCUUCGUGCCACUCCAAAGGGCGAGGCAUUCCUGGGCGACAGCAUCACCACUCGACACCGCUCCUCAACAGGCCUCAGAAAAUCGGCCCUGUGUUCCAGCCCCAGCAACAGCAGCCUAUAGGCUUUGGGCAGGUCCAGCAUUUCACUUCAUGCCACCAAGAAUGGAACGGGAACUUUGCCAACCGGCGACCACAGGCGUACAUCCCUCCCACCAUGCAUGGGCACACCUUCACACUUUCCCACAGCAGUCCAAACCACACAACAGGCGCCCACCCCCACCUUGGGGGCCACCCGCAUUCUCAGCCUACCCUGUUGUCGUACCCUCCGUCUGGCCCUCUGGUUACAGCGGCCCCCGUGGCCCACCUGCUGGCUUCCCCUGGCACCUCCCGCCCUGUCCUCCAGCCCACGUAUGGCAUAUCCCACCCGGCAGGCAUUGUGCACCAAGUGGCAGUGGGUAUCAACCCCCGGCUGCUCCCCUCCCCCACCUUGCAUCCACAGAGCCAGUUCAAGCCCCUUUUCCCCCCGCACUCUUACAUCGCCUCGCCUGCUUAUGGCAGUUUCCCCCUCAGCCCCACCAAACUAAACCAGUACCCCUACAUCUGAGUGUGGCUCUGGUACCUUUCCUACCACCUGGGGGCUAAGCAGGGCAGCAUCCCAUCCUAAACCACAAACAACAUGGUUUUCAUUUCUAAUAAAAAACCAUGGCACAACCACAGAGAAAACAAGCUAUUUUUUGAAUCAUGUCGACUUGGUUGUAAUUGAACUUUUAAGCUUUAAAAAAAGAAGAAGAAAAAAAAAGAGUUCCAACGGUGGAGAUGAUCUGGCAAAAAUUAAGAAGGAAAUAAUGUAUGAAUGAUUGAAUGAUAGAAUGAAUGAGUAGUUAAACUCACACUUAAUGUGUUUUGCACAUUUGAUAUAUCUUUGCAUUGGAUCUUCUACGAAUACUCCUCAAGACAGAUGAAUAAUUGGGGUGUUGUUGAAUAGUUAGAAAACCCCCCGGUCCCAGCUAUUUUUCUACAUUGCCUUCUUAUGUGUGCAAGACACAUCCAUAUUUGUAAAGCCAUCCCAGUCUCUAGCUCUAGAUCGACAGAUGCACAUGUUGUCCACGGUGUAUGUUGUACUGCGUUUGAAGUAUUUGUACCUUUUCGGUGUCUUUUGAUGUUCGCAAUGUCAAGUCAAUUAUCCGAUUUAAAUAGGGUUGUUCAUCACGCUGCAUGUGGUCUUGCAUGAGCAAAAAUGUAAACGGAAAGAUGCAUAGACGUUGCUCUUAUUAUUUGUGUCACAAGACUCGCUGCAUUGUAUAACUGUCCCCAGCCAUAGUGCCUUACAUAUUUGAGGUUGUUAAUGUUACUACUUAUAUAUGACUAUAUUCAUGAAUAUUAAUGUACUGGACUGCAGCACUUGAAAUUCCAAUCAGUCGAUGCAUCCUAUGUGUGAGUAUAUAUAUGCACAUGUGUAUAUGUUCCAUGCAUAGCCUGCAUGGAUGUGAUGUAUCGCGGACAGCGGUGCUUAUUUUUCGGAGUCUUUGUAUAUUUCAGUGUGUAGUGAGUUCCUUUUCUGUUCUUUCAAGAAGAACGGCAUGCUUUGCUGUUGCGAAUGCCUGCUGUUUCCUUAAACACGUUUGUUUUUUGUUUUUUUUGUCCUCUGUUUCCGAAUGAACUAGUGUACAAAGUGCAAGUACUAGAUAUUGCUUAACAUUUGAUAAUCACUUUCUAUUUAGUGAAACUCUUACUACUAACAGUAUUUGUACUGUUUAAAAACGGCAAUACAAUCUAAAUAGUCGUCUGUUAUAUAUUUCUUUGCUUUUUUUGUCUUUCUAAUUUUAUUUGGAGUGUUUUCACUUUGUUUUUAGAUGUUUAGAAGUGUGACGGGCAUGGCUUUGAUUAGGUAAGAUUUAAAAAAAAAAAUGCAAAUUCGUUUUACGGUAUGGAAUAUUCUUAGCCUGAGCAAACCAUGCAGUAUUUGAUAUACACACAUAUAUGACAUAUAUUAUAGAGCUAGAAUAUUUAGUACAGAUGCUUGUUAAGGUGUGAGGUAAUUGUGUGCAAUUCUCUCGUUUAUGCAUGUGUGACAAAGUUAACUUUUCCCCUUUACAUUGAUACCAUUUGUUAAAGGCUUAAUGCUUAUCAGUGUCAACUACUUAUUUUAUACAUUCCGUCAGGGAGAAAAUAUAUAUAUAUAUAUAUAUAUAUAUAUAUAUAUAUAUAUAAAGUGCUGUGUUUUUAUUUUCUUUAUUCAUUUAGAGUGGUCCUCAAAAAAUGCACACACCCCUGUUCAAAUGGCAGAUUUUGUGAUGUGCAAAAAUAAGUGUAUAAUGAAUUAUGAUGAACAACUGCCCUAAACGUGUAUCAUCUUUAAUGACAUUGUGGAAAAAAUGUGAAAGCUAAAAACCUCUUGUAACUUGAUUGCAUAUCUCUAAUUGAUUCAUUUUGUUGAAGCACCUUGUCAGUCAUUUUCAGUCUUCCUAAGUUUACUCAAGUGAGUUGGACAAACCAGAAAUGAAAUUCAGCUGCCUUGUUGGAUUUUACCUUUGUUUGGUCAUUUACAUCCAAUAGGUAAAUCCCUAAUUUGCAGACACGUUACCUGGAAAGAACAUUUAUCUACCAGGAUAUCAGAUCACCAUAGUGGAGGUGUUCACUGAUGGUUGGAGAAUAAAUAGGACAAUAAGGACUUUACAUAAACUGAAGUUUUUAUCAAAACUAAUGAAAAGAAGAAACUGAAACUGGACACAGAGUCUGUCAAGAGACUAACAACACCAAAGGAGCUGCAGGAAUUUUCAAAAUAGUGGCUGCAUUUCUUGUCACAGAAUCAAUUAGUCUGAUGAAACUAUAUUUCCACUUUUCUUCUGUGACUCCAAAUGUCAUGUUCAACAUAUCAAAGAGAUCAAAAGAACAUUGUACCAACAGUGAAAGAUGGCGGCGGCAUCAUACUGUAGGGUUUCGUCUUAAAUGGAACUGAUGUGUCGAAGUUGAUAAAACUAUUAAUAGUAAAAAAAUCCCAAAAUGUUCAUCCAGAAAGUUGAAGAUGAAGACUGAGUUUGUUUUUCAGCACCAUAGUGAACGUUAGCAUGCACCCUAAUCAACAGAAAAAUGACUUCACCUUAACAAAAAGAAAAUCUGAAAGGCUUAGUCUGGAAGUUAAAUUUGACAAAAAAUCUGUGGGGGUUAAUCUGUGGGAAGACGGAUGGGGACAAGAGAUGUUUUCAUAAUCUGACAAGUUUAGCUUGCUAUCGUGGGCAUAGAUUAGUCAAGACGUGGCAUACUGAUGGACUGAGGGAGACUGAAUACUGACAUUGAAUCCAAAGAUGUUUCCACAACGUAUUCUUUUAAGGGUGUGGAUAUUUUGGCAGGCAGGUUGUCUUUUAGUUAAAUUUUACUCAACCCAGACCUUUUAACAUGGGUGUGUUCUCUUUUGGGAGCCACUGUUUUAAUUUGUUGUGUGUAUUUAUUUUUUUUUUCCCUUUACUUCUGUCUUUUGUUUUUCAAAUGACGUUGCUUGUGCAGCACCAAAGACUGUAAUUCAUAUAUUGAGCAAGGUAGCUAUUCUGUUUGCAUAGACCUCAGUUAUACUGUAGUUGUAGAAUGAGGUUUUGUUCAAAGAAAAAAAAAAGUUAUAUUUAAAAAGAAAAAAACGAAAAAAACAGCUGAUGUUUUGUCUAGCUUAUUGGGCAAUUAACAAGUCGUAUCAUUUCUUUCUUGAAUGUAUCAUAGAUAAGCUGCUAUAUGAUGAUUGCCACUUCAAUAGCUGUGAAAUUAGGUGAUUUCUCUCUGAGUUUAAACCUAGCGUUUUGUAUAGGUCCCUAAUUAUCUGAAAUAGAAGUGGUUUUGAUUUCUGUGUUUGCAUUCAUUUUCGGAGUGUCACUGUAACUACUGUAUUUGCUGAUGAUGAACAUUAGUUGGAUUUGUUGUUCCUCGGGGUGCGUGUUUUUUCAGCAUCAGUAUUUUAUCCUUAUUAACCUCUUGGGCUCGUCACUGCAUAUAAAUGAUGUAUCGAUGUAACUUAAGUUUUCUAUGUUUUCAUAUCGAUGUUUUGUACACAUCUGAAGCUGUAGCUUGCAGGAUUGAUUUAACUUUCUCAUUGCACGAACACCGUGUAUUACCAGUACUCUUUUUCUGAGUCAUGGGAGCACUGUGAGAUGCCAGAAAACAAACAACACCAAAAAAAAAAAACUACGAGUCCAGUGUGCCCCUUUCACACUUGUCGUGAAGCACUUACAGCUAGUGAGGCUUGGAAAUGUUUGAUUAAAGUAAGAAACAUAAAUUUACCCCCAAUGCUUUUGCUCCAAAACAAUUUUCACAACUUGUUUUAUGUCAAAAACGAUUACAAGUAUUUAUUGCAACCUUUUGUAUCUGUUCAAUGUUCUAUCUGCUUAGAAUAUCAGUUGGAUAUUCUAACCUGCCUUGCGUUUAGAUCGCUCUCCCCUUUAUGAGUGACUCAUAUCAAAGUGUUUUUGUCAGUGCGAGGCGGUGGCCGUUGUUAUGUGUCCUUUACUGAAACUGCGACAGUGUAAGCAGCACUGUGUAUGUGCCUUGAGAUCCAGAAAAGCGAACGAACGAAGAAGGCAGAGAAUCCAACCCCACGAUCAUGUAGAAAGUCUCUUAGCGGCCGCUCUACCAAAGGGAGAGGGGAAACAAAUUCAAAAGUAGGACUUUGUCAUAGAGUCAUGCCAGAGAAUUUGAUCCGCUCCUCUCUCAGAUAGUCCACAAAAAAAGCCUCUGUGUGACAACAGGCUGAUAAAAUAACCCACAGUUAGACUGAAUGAUAUGAUGCAUGGUGGUCUUCAGAUAGUCACUCUGGCUGAACAGCAGAUGCAAUACUUUCCAUUGUGCGGUCGUUGCACCACAAAGUGUUCUUAGAUAAUCUCCACGCUUUACGUUACCUUGCAUGAACACAUGCAUACUUCGCUUCACUUUUGUCUUCUGUCAUGCAGAUUGAGGCUAAGUUGGAGCAACUAGAGCACAGCUGACAACACUGGUCUUUUAAAAUCAAAGAAGCUAAAGUGUUUUUGUUUGUUGUUUUUUUUCGUCUGGUUGUUGAUUUCGUGCUCCAGGUGGAAACUGCCCUCUACAUUCAAACAACGACCCUGAUGCAUCUUUGUGUUUUUAGAGAUUUUUUUUUUUUUCUUAGCCGUUUGUUUUACUGAUCACAUUCAAAUGUCACUUUGGGAAAGAAAUCUUGUGAUGAUGAGGCAUGAACUAGAUACAUUAGUGCUUGAGAUAGGUCCCCAAUAAUAAGCAUGUGAAAUGUAAUCUGUGUUUUGACUCCUUCAAAGCUUAUUCACCAGCAACGCGCCUGCAUCAACUCUCCCGUAUUUGUCACACAAAACAAUGGAUGCAAGAGGAGAGAAAUCUUUACACUCUUUUCCAUUUUAUUUUAAUUGAUUGAAAUCUUUGUUCAUGGAUUUUGGAGGCUUGUGGUCACGUUUAGCAGAUAAAACAGCUAUCUGUAAAAUGUCCAGUUGUUGAAAUUACUGAUGUUGGUAAUGACAUUAUUGUCCUUUAGAACUUUUUCUUCAGGGUCUCUUAUUGAUCUAAAUGUGCUACUAUGUAACUCUUUGAUUUGAUUGAACAAGGAUUGUUUUUCUCAAGUUCUUCUUUUCAGUCUUCUGGUCAUCUCUCUCAAUUUCAGAGUUAAUUCACACUGCAAGUUAUGGAAUCACCUGUUUAGAUUGCUCUUCAAUUAGACUUUAUUAUGAAAUCUGAACUGUUACUGUUUUAAUACCUGUAGAUUUUUUGUGGCUUUGUUUUUAUGUUUUGUUUGCUUUUUUUCUUUUAUUUUUUGAUUUUGUGCUACACUAGUUUGCCAUGUAGCAAUUGCACUGUGCAAUAUUUACAGUAUGAGGACUGGGAAAACUAACUCUAUGGAUGUGAUGUCUCUUAUACAGUUUGCGAUAGUGUUUCCUCUAGUUCUCAGUGAUUUAGGUGUGACCAAGCCUUCUCUACUUUGUCACAUUAAGCGGGUUUUCCAGGUGACUCUUUUGGUGAGUGUCAAAAUAAGACUUUAUGGUGUAUUAUUGUUAAAAUUCACUUUGAAUUAAAAAAAAUCUAUUGAUGCAG